AUGGAUAAUUAGAGUUUAAAAAUCCAAUCUCCUUUCUUCUGUAUGUUUUGUAUUUGUACUUUUCCGUCAUAAAGUUUUAGUUAAAAGCAUUUUGCUUCCUCCUUCUGACACUUAUCAUCUUAUAUAUAUGUAUCCUCUCCAAAAGCACACUGUAUCUAAACUUUCAAGAAAAUGAAUAGUCACAACAACUACCUGAUAUGUGUGUUUUUCCUUGUUAUUUUAACCACCUUUGGAUUUUCCUUUGCAAAACAAACAAAACCAACCUCAAAAAUCCUCAAAUUUGAUCACUUCUUGAAUUCAGUUUAUGAAUGGAGAAUUCAACAGCAGAAACAAGUAGAUACCAAUAAUCUGAAACUUGGCGCACCCACUGUGAUAGCAGGAGCUUUGUGUUUUAUAGCAGCUUCUAUCUCUAGUGCAGGUGGAAUUGGAGGUGGAGGAUUAUACAUACCUAUUCUAACCAUUGUUACUGGGGUUGACCUCAAAACAGCCUCAAGCUUUUCCGCAUUUAUGGUAACAGGAGGCUCGAUCGCUAACGUUGUUUGCAGUAUGUUUUUACCAAGUCCCAAACACGGAGGGAAAAUCUUGGUUGAUUUUGACAUAGCUUUACUCUCACAACCAUGCAUUCUUUUGGGAGUUAGUAUUGGAGUAAUUUGCAAUCUUGUCCUACCAGAAUGGCUUAUCACUAUAUUAUUUGUAGUCUUUCUUGUUUGGUGCACAUUCAAAACAUUCAAAUCAGGAGUUUAUUAUUGGAAAAUUGAGUCUGAAGAAGUGAGAAGAAAUGGAUUGCUUAAAAAUGAGAAUUUUGAAGGAAUUGAAGGAGUUAUUAAUGGUGUAGAAGAACCUUUGUUGUUGAAAAAGGAAGCAAAGGGAAUAAGGAGUAUUCCUUGGAUGAAAAUGGGGGUACUUGUUAUGAUUUGGUUUUCCUUCUUUUUCCUCUAUCUUCUUCGUGGAAAUCGAUAUGGACAAGGCAUAAUUCAGAUGGAGGUAUGUGGGUUGGGAUACUGGAUCAUCUCAUCAGUUCAAUUUCCUCUAGCAAUAAUUUUUACAUCAUGGAUCUUAUAUAACAGUGACAGUAAGCAGAAUUCCAAGAAGCAGGAAGUAGCAGCUUGUGAAACUAUGAAUGGAUCUUCGGGAAUGUUAAUAUUCCCCUUAAUGGCACUGUUAGCAGGGGUUUUGGGUGGUGUAUUUGGAAUUGGUGGUGGAAUGCUUAUAAGCCCCCUUCUGAUUCAAGUUGGAAUUGCACCUGAGGUAACAGCUGCAACUUGUUCAUUCAUGGUAUUUUUCUCAUCUACCAUGUCAGCUGUACAAUACCUAUUUCUAGGCAUGGAACAUGUCAAUACUGCCCUAAUUUUUGCAGUCAUUUGUUUAAUUGCUUCACUUAUUGGAUUGGUUGUGGUGCAAAGAGCUAUAGAACAUCAUGGGAGAGCAUCACUUAUUGUAUUCUCUGUUGGCAUAGUCAUGGCUUUAAGUACUGUUCUUAUAACAAGUUUUGGAGCUGUAGAUGUUUGGAGGGAUUACACAAGUGGAAAGUACAUGGGGUUCAAGCAGGCUUGUUAAAAAAGAAGGGAAAUGUAGAGAGUUGUACUAGUUUGAAGCGUUUUCGUGUGAGUUAUGGGGUCGAGUUGUGGAAGCAGCCACUAUCUAUAUCAUUCCCUUGAGGUGCGACUCUUCCCCAAACUCUGCGUGAAUGCAAGAUGCUCUUUCUUUUACUAGUUUGAGCCGUUCUCUAGGUUUUGCAUAUUUGUGCUCUAAUUAAAGGAUAUUAUUAGGCGUUUGACAAUAUUUGGUUUGAAGUUGAAGUUGAAAAAGAUUAAUUUUUGGAAAUACUGAAUGUAUAUGAACAUGAUACUGACUUGAAAAAAGAGUUUGUAUAAAUAUGGGAUUUGUGAGUGAGAAUUAUAUAUUAUAUCUUCAAAUCAUUUUACUC